CGAUUGUUCAUUCAGUCAGACCGGACUGAGUCAGACCGUGCCCACCCCGAGUACCUGAAUUGAUUCUUACCGGAAUGUAUAAAAAUUAGAUAAACUGGACGGAGCUUGUAUGAACUAUUACCAUGAUUGACUUUGUUGAGAGUGCAGUGAUGAAGAUGAUCGGACAUGAUAACGUAGAAGAUGGACAUCAUGUUGCCUGAGGUGGUGUUAUCGUCAACCACCACAGGGCAAUUUCGUUCCGACCGUUAUGGAAGGUGAAGUUUCACAGUAAGAAACUCAAUGAGGAGCUUUUUCUUCGACUCCAUGAAUCCUUCACGACCACCUCUAUCUCAAUAUCUCUUAAAACCACCAUCGACCUUCGGGAAGAAACUCAAUGCGUGCUUUGCGUCAUUAUUCGAACUUUCCCCAACCCGCCCCAUCUCUGCAUCUUCUUCUCUCGGCCAAUUCGCCUCCUAUUUCUCACAAGUAAGAGGAUUUUCAAGUUCUCCAGAUGGAUCUUCCACAACCCGCGGUUCCAUUCGGAUUGUUUCGUCUGAUAACUCAUCAGACUCCCCUAACACUCCCAUUGAUGCGGGUUCUUCAAUUCGAAAGCCUACCAGUUUUUGGCCUGGAGUGUACCAUUCACCUGCGACUAAAGCCCUGUGGGAAGCAAGAUCGAGUACUUUUGAGAAGCUUUCUCGUGCCACCUCUGAUGCCCCUCCCCAGAGUGAACUUAUCACCAAGAAUCCUAGAAUUAGCAGGACUAGUGUGUUCUACCCGUUCUCCACAGAUUAUGAUCUGAGAGAACAGUAUAGGAACCCUUGGAAUAUGAUAAGGAUGGGAAGGCUAGUUGAAGACCUUGAUGCUCUGGCCGGAACAAUAUCUUACAAGCACUGCUCAGAUAAUGAUAGCACAACUAGGCCAUUAUUACUAGUUACUGCUUCUGUUGACAAGAUGGUUUUGAAGAAACCGAUUCACAUCGAUUUGGAUUUGAAUAUUGAGGGGGCUGUUACAUGGGUUGGGAGAUCAUCGAUGGAGAUACAAUUGAAGGUGACCCAAAACUCACCAGACACUCCAGACUCUUUGGCUUUAACUGCAAACUUCACAUUUGUGGCCCGUGACUCCGUUACUGGGAAAUCAGCUUUAGUCAACCAAAUUUCACCAGAAACUGAAGAUGAAAUAUUGCUCUGGAAUGAAGCUGAAGAAAGAAACAGAAUGAGGAAGAAAAUGAGAGGGGAGCAGACAAAGAAAGUUGAUGUCAGAGAAGUAAAUAGGGUUGAUGAGUUGUUGGCCGAGGGAAGAGUGUUUUGCGAUAUGCCUGCUUUGGCAGACAGGGAUAGUAUUUUGAUGCAGGAUACCUGUUUGCAGAAUUCCUUGAUUUGCCAACCUCAGCAAAGGAAUAUCCAUGGUCGUAUAUUUGGAGGGUUUUUAAUGAGAAGAGCGUUUGAGCUGGCCUAUGCAACAGCUUACUCAUUUGCUGGGACCGCACCUUGCUUCAAAGAAGUUGAUCAUGUGGAUUUCUUAAAACCUGUAGAUGUUGGAAAUUUCCUUCGUUUCAAAUCUUGUGUUUUGUACACCGAACUGGACAACCCAUGUCAGCCUCUCAUUAAUGUGGAAGUUGUUGCUCAUGUUACAAGACCUGAACUGCGGUCCAGUGAGGUAUCAAACAAGUUCUACUUUACGUUCUCUGUCUGCUCAGAUGCCUUAAAAAAUAAUCUAAGGAUUCGGAAUGUUGUUCCCGCUACGGAAGAGGAAGCACGUCGUGUAAUAGAGCGCAUGGAUGCAGAGAAAUCCUUUCAACAUUAAAAACUUUAUGGUAUUGCAACCUAUGAGAAUGCUGGCUGGCAGGCAGGCAGGCAGCAUUGCCAGCCAAUUUCUGCAUGCAAACUGCCUCUGUGUUGAAGUUAACAGUUAUGGCAGAAUACUCCGUGUUUUUUUUGCUCCUAGAGGAAUUUUGAUUAUUUAUCAGGCGUAACUAGCUUUGAAAAACACUUCAACCAAAGUGUGCUUGAUAGAGCAUAUAUAAGUGUUUGAUACAUUGAUAUGACACUUCAAAACUACUCUUAAAUGUUACUGGUAGUUGCUAUUUGCUACACACCAUAUGGCAGCUUAAAAUUUACCGCUACUUAUACGCAUUAAGGCAUAAGCUGGCAGCUUAACACCCC